AAUUCUUAUACCAUUUAAGGUACACUAAAUAUUUGAGAUUCAAUUGAAAGUGAAAGUACAAAAUGGGCUAUACGUUGAUUUACGAGCCCAAUGCGGCCUCGAAAACUUCAGUCAAUGAGUUCAAAACUUUAUUGGAAAAGGGGAAAGAUGAUGUUAAAGUUGAUACUAUGAAAAAGAUUUUAGUAACAAUUAUUAAUGGAGAUCCAUUACCAGAUUUAUUAAUGCAUAUUAUUAGAUUUAUUAUGCCAUCAAAGAAUAAAGAAUUAAAGAAAUUAUUAUAUUUUUAUUGGGAAGUUUGUCCAAAACUUGAUGAAAGUGGUAAAAUGAGACAUGAAAUGAUUUUAGUAUGUAAUGCAAUUCAACGUGAUCUUCAACAUCCAAAUGAAUAUAUUAGAGGUAAUACUUUACGUUAUUUAACUAAAUUAAAAGAACCAGAUUUAUUAGAAACUUUAGUACCAAAUGUUCGUCAAUGUCUUGAACAUCGUCAUGCUUAUGUUAGAAAAAAUGCUGUAUUAGCACUUUAUUCAAUUCAUAAAGUUUCUGAUCAUUUAGUUCCUGAUGCUGAUGAAUUAAUUUACAGAUAUUUAUAUGAAGAAAAUGAUUCUGUUUGUAAAAGAAAUGCUUUUAUUUGUUUAGGAGAUUUAAAUAGAGAUGCUGCUUUACAAUAUAUUCAAGAUAAUAUUUACCUUAUAGAAACUUUGGAUCCUUUAUUACAAUUAGCAUUUAUUGAAUUUAUUAGAAAAGAUGCAAUUUUAAAUCCUUCAUUAAAAUCAGAAUAUACUCAAUUAGUUACAGAAAUUAUUGAAGCUGCAUCAAAUGUGGUUGUUUAUGAAGCUGCUAAUACUUUAACAAGUUUAACAACAAAUCCUCAAUCAAUACUUUUAGCUGCUAGUAAAUUUGUUGAUCUUGCCACCACUGAAGCUGAUAAUAAUGUUAAAAUUAUUACUUUACAAAGAAUUAAUGAAUUAAAUAAAGCUCAUCCUGGUGUAUUACAAGAGUUAUCAUUAGAAAUUUUAAGAGUUUUAUCAUCUCAAGAUUUAGAUGUACGUAAAAAGGCUCUUGAUGUUACUUUACAAUUUGUUACCAGUAGAAAUGUUGAAGAUGUAGUUAAAUUAUUAAAGAAAGAAUUAGAAAAAACUAUGUCAUCUAAUGAAGAUAAAAGUGCUGAAUAUAGACAAUUACUUAUUAAUGCUAUUCAUCAAUUGGCUAUUCAAUUUAUUGAAGUUGCUGCUAAUGUAAUUGAUUUAUUAUUAGAUUCAAUUAGUGAUUUAAAUAAUACAGCUGCAUAUGAAGUUAUUACUUUUGUUAAAGAAGUGGUUGAAAAAUUCCCCGAAUUAAGACAACCAAUAAUAUCAAGAUUAAUUCAAGCUUUACCAGCAGUUAAAAGUGGGAAAGUUUUUAGAGGUGCUUUCUGGAUUAUUGGUGAAUAUGCUUUAGAAGAAUCUUCAGUAUUAGAAGUUUGGAGAUAUAUUAGAAGUAGUAUUGGUGAAGUACCAAUUAUUGCUAGUGAAAGAAAGAUUUUAGAAGGUGGAAAUAAUGGUGAUGAUAGUGAAUAUACAAAUGGAUCAACUGAAAAGAGUAAAAAAGGUCCAGUUGUUCUUCCGGAUGGUACAUAUGCUACUGAAACUGCUUUAACUGUUGAUUAUAAUCAAAAUCAAGAAAAUUCUAAAACUCCAAUUCGUAAACAUAUAUUAUCAGGAGAUUUUUAUCUUGCAGCUGUUUUAGCAUCUACUUUAGUUAAAUUAAUUCUUAGAUUACAACGUCUUAAAGUUGAAGCUAAAGUUUUAAAUGGUUUAAAAGCAGAAGCUUUAUUAAUAUUAGUAUCUAUUUUAAGAGUAGGUGAAUCAUCAUAUGUUAGUAAAAAGAUUGAUGAAGAUUCAGCUGAUAGAAUCUUUUCAUAUAUAAGGCUUCUUAAUGAUGAAGAAGAUGUUGAAUUAAUUCAAACUAGUUUCUUGGAUGAUACUAAAGAUGCAUUUAAAGCACAAAUUGAACUGGCAGAAGCUAAAAAAGCUGAAGUUGAAGCUAAAGCUUUACAUAAGAAUGCAGAACAAAUAGAUGAUGCUAUUUCAUUUAGACAAUUUGAUAAAAAUGGAGGAUCUAAAACAAUUAAUGAAGAUGAAGAAGCAAUUACUUCAGGAACUGGAGUUAAAAAGGAAGAUUUAUCUUCAAGAUUAAAUAAAAUUUUACAAUUAACUGGAUUUUCUGAUCCUAUUUAUGCUGAAGCAUUUGUUAAAGUUCAUCAAUUUGAUGUUGUUUUGGAUGUAUUAUUAGUUAAUCAAACUACUACUACUUUACGUAAUUUAUCAGUAGAAUUUGCAACUUUAGGAGAUUUAAAAGUUGUUGAUAAACCUGCUACAGCCAAUAUUGGACCUCAUGGAUUUCAUAAAGUUCAAACUACUGUCAAAGUUACAUCUGCUGACACUGGUGUCAUAUUUGGUAAUUUAGUAUAUGAUGGACAACAUUCUGAUGAAUCAACUAUAGUUAUUUUAAAUGAUGUUCAUGUUGAUAUAAUGGAUUAUAUUAAACCUGCUACAUGUUCAGAAAGUCAAUUCCGUAAGAUGUGGAAUGAAUUUGAAUGGGAAAAUAAAAUUACUAUUAAAUCUCCAAUUGAAACUUUAAAACAAUAUUUGGAAGAAUUAAUGAAAGGUACAAAUAUGACAUGUUUAACUCCAGGAGCUGUUAUUGGAGAAGAAUGUCAAUUUUUAUCAGCUAAUCUUUAUUCAAGAUCUUCAUUUGGUGAAGAUGCUUUGGCUAAUUUAUGUAUUGAAAAGCAAACCAAUGGACCUAUUAUUGGACAUGUUAGAAUUAGAUCUAAAGGUCAAGGGUUAGCAUUAUCAUUAGGUGAUAGAGUCGCCUCUAUUUCUAGAAAAACUAAAAAGACAGCUAUUAAUGCUGUUUAGUGUAAAUUAAAUAUAUACAAUCUAUAUCAUUAUACUUAUAAU